GCUGGCGUGGAAUUCAUGAGCAGGUACUCACGAAUUUUGGCGCUGCGUGUAGUUAUCUCCACUUUCGCUGUCUGCCUCGUACUGCCACCGCGGGUGAUCAGGUGAUCAUAUCUGUUCGUGAUAUGGCAUAGAGGUUCGUAUACGAGGGAUCGACAAUGUCUUUUCCCGUCUUUCCUCCGUGAUGCUGAAAAAUACCGUCAGCCUGAAAUGAACAUCUUUUUUGUUCUUCUGUUAUUCUGUGCAUUCUCCUCCUUUCUCCAGCCAUAUCUGUCGUGGAAUAUCGUGAUACUUGCUUUCAAGAUCCAGCAGCUUCGUGAUGAUGCGUUACUUAAUCUUGCUAGGAAUAUUCCUACACUUCGCAAACCCGAUCGCCUUGGCAGCAACAACAGAAGAAGACCGGCAAUGUUGGUUUUUCAACGAUCGUCUAGCACCAGACGACGUGCCCUGCAGCGGCAAAUAUUACACCCACUGCUGUGCCAAAAACGAAGUCUGCCUAUCGAACGGGUUAUGCAUGAACACCGGCCAUCAACCAUACGUGCUGGCAAGACGAAGCUGCACAGAUAAAGCCUGGCAAACAGGUAGUUCCUGCACAAAUAAGUGCCAUUAUAAUAAUCCAAACGGCGGCAGCACAAUAUCCCUCGCCACUGAAGAUGGCGAUAACAACUAUUUUACCUACUGCUGUGGCGAGCCGGUGGUCGCCGAGAAUGGAACCAUAGGCUGUGAUGGAGGUCGUACCCCCUUUACUGUGGAGAGUGGCGAGAUGCUGUACGGCUACGCAGCGUUGGAGAACACCACGACGACCGCUCCAAAGUCAUCAUCAAACAAGAGAGAAGUCGCCAUUGGUGUCGGGGUCGGGGUUCCGCUGGGUGUCAUUGCGGCGUCCGCUAUUGCCUGGGCUAUCUGGGAGAGGUUACAGAGGAAGAAGGCGUUGGGUGCGGGUACCGGAGCUGCUGCGGCUCCGGCGUAUCAGCCGGUCAUGAAGCCUGACUCUUAUAUGCCUGUGAUUCAGAAUGUGCCAGUAUCGGUGCCGGUGGAGCUGGAACAGCGCCAGCGGCCUAUUCCGGAGUUGCAGGGGUCGCAUAGGAUGUAAAUGUGCUCCUUAUAUUUUUAUGUUUGUCAUAAUAUACUCUAUUACACUAGAUCUAAUUACGCGGAUUGCAUGAGUUGAGCCACGCGCAGAUGCAGGGAUAGGAAUAACAAAUAGAAGCCAAGUAACACAAAACCUCCACCCGGAGCCUCC